AUGGAGAAUGAGAGAGAGUUGCAAGCACAACAGACUUCUCAAGAACCAGAAUCUACCCUGAGACAUUGUGCAGCGCCGGACUUUACUAUUCUUGCUCUGUUUAUACAGGAGCAGCAGCAGCGGGAUGAGAGGAAGGCAGGAAAACGUCUAAGACGUCCAGAAAUCUAUCAAUUUUUGCGACUUUUUGAGUCUGCGGCGCAUAAAAGCUAUGUCGGAAAUCCAGAUGCAGAUCAUCGACUGACACUCGUGAAGUUGAAUGUCUUUCGUGCCUUUGUGAGCAAUAUCACUAUAUUGGGAUACACCCGAGAGUGGAUGACGGAUGAUUCCCUAUCGAGAUUCAGUGUCUCUGGGCCGCAUCCAGGCCUCUCACAGGGGGACCUUCCGGCAAGCCUUCAACCGACCUCUCUGCAGCAGACCCGGCCACACCACCCAUGGCUGGAUUUCUUUCCGUUUCCAAAGGUCAGAGAUAUCUUGAUUGCCCAUGAAGAUGAUAUGGAUGAUGUUCAAUUGUGUCGUGAUCUGAUGGGCUUUUAUACCAUGCCUUCAGAGGAAGACAAUUGCAUACUUGUAUGGGGUGACCCAUGGAAUCCGAUGAACUGGGAGGUCACCGAGACAUUCCUUCGCAAAUGGGGAUGGAUCGUGAAAGGUUGCCCGGAGAUCAUCUGGUCGACGAACCAUUGGCGACGGAUCAGGGGCCAGCGAAGAAUCAGGUGGAAGAACACUGUGGAAAUGCAUUCGUGA